ACAAGUUGACUGACAUGUUUUGAUCACAGACUUUUGUAAACCGUGUUUAUUCGCAGACAUUCGUCGAAAUGUACAAACAUUUAACAUAGCCGUGCUCGUUCCUUUGCUCGCUUAACCAAUUUCGUGCAUUAUAUUUUAUCGAGAACUUCCAAUCGACUAGUUCACGGACUUUAUUUUAUUGGAAAUUUUCACCUGUCAGCUCUAUAAAACAUCAACAAUUACCGCGAAGGACUCGACACAAAUCUGAAAGCGAACGAAUUUUGUAAAUUGAAUGAAAUCAUUCGUCAAUCAUACGUACUCAACAAAAAUGGAUUUUGGCCAUGAGCAGAUACUGGAGAAGGAGGGACAACCGAGCAGUCCUAAAGCACCUUCCUGUCAGACAGUCGAUGCUUCAAAUGAAAAUGAUUAUCCGAUUUGUGACUCGAACCUAGUACAUGAGGCCGAGCAAACUUUCAAUUGUGACAUUUGUGGAAAAAAGUAUUUGUACAAGAAAGCCCUAAGCAAGCAUAUGGUCGCGCAUGCUGAUAACAACCUAUACAAUUGUGAUGUAUGCGGUAAAGAAGUAGCAUCUAAGCAACGUUUAAGGGAUCACAAAACGAUUCACAAUGGUGAGCGACCGUACAAGUGCACUGUAUGCGGAAAAGAUUUUGCCGUUAAAAAUUAUCUAUCCAAACAUAUGUCUACUCACAAACAAGAGUACAGAUAUAAGUGCGAGGUAUGCGACAAAAGUUUUAAUCAUAGUACCACCCUGGCGAGACACAAACGUAUUCAUACAGACGAGAAGUUUGCAUGCGUCAUAUGCGUGAAAGAUUUCACCACUAAGGAUUACCUAGAUAUACACAUGCGCAUUCACACGGCUGAUUACAAACACAAGUGUAAUGCUUGCGGCAAAGGAUUCAGAGACAAAUCAAUCUUGAAAGACCACGAACUUAGUCAUACAGGUGAACGACCUUUCAAAUGCAUCGUAUGUGGAAAAGAUUUCCCGCUUAAGUCUUACCUCACCAGACACAUGUUAAUUCACAAAAGUGAUUACAAGUACAAGUGUGAAGUGUGUGACAAAGGUGUUAACGAUAGCUCAAGCUUUACGAAACACAAACGGCUGCAUAUGGACGUGAUGUAUAAAUGCACCGUCUGCGAAAAAGAUUUUCUUAAUGAGCAUCAGCUCAGUAAUCACAUGCAUGUCCAUACCGGUGAUUACCGACUUAAGUGUGAUGCGUGUGGUACUGUAUGCGAAAAAGAUAUUGCCUUUAAGUAUCACUCUAACCAUGAGUGUGGUGUGUGCGGCAAAGAAUUGAUGGACAAAUUAGUCUUGAGAGAAUACGAGCGCCGUCAUACAGGUGAGCGACCGUACAAUUGUGCUGUAUGCGGAAAAGGUUUUUCAUUUAAACGUUAUCUAUCCCAGCACAUGAAUAUUCAUCGGGAAGAGCUGUCACAUAUAUGUACCAUAUGUAAUAAAAAUUUAAAAUCUAAACGUGGUCUAACCGGUCACAUGCGGAGCCACACGGGCGAGCAUAGAUACAAAUGUGAUGUGUGUGACAAACGCUUUUAUUACCUUUCGUUUUUAAAGGAGCACGAACGCAUUCAUACGGAUGAGCGACCCUUCAAAUGCAGCGUAUGUGGCAAAAGAUUCAUCAGACAACAAAAAUUGGAGAUUCAUCUUCGCCUUCAUACGACUGAGCGGCCAAUCGAAAAAGUUCAUUAGAUUUAUUCUAAUAUACUUUCUUCUAAAACGGGUUUUUAAAUCGUAAUCUGUAUACAAUCAGUAAGAGCACAUAAAAAUCUGAAUAUUACAGACAAAUCUGUACGAAUUGCAACUAUGUUGAUAAGUAGAAAAAAAAUAAACCGACAA